GCUGGCUUGUUGCAAAUGCACUCCAGUACUCCCCGGUACGCAUCCUAUCAAGCACGUUUGCGAUCCUUCCCUCCAUCUUCAUGCCGCAUUCGUCAGAACGGUUCCUCCUUACUACUACAAAGAACCGUGUCUCCUCAUCCUUCUCCGAGUGAGCUUGCGUCUGCUGGAUUCUUCCAUACUGGCUCCGCUGACGAGACGGUCUGUCCGGCCUGUGGUUUGGGCCUGAGAGAUUGGCAGGCCAGUGAUCAACCGGAGGCUUGCCAUUUGGCGUUUUCGGCCGCCGGAGUCAGCAUCGGUUCUUCCAGAGACUGUCGCUACAGGGCUACGACUCCCGUCCUACCUUGCCUUUAUUUAUCAGUGCAUCGGCUCUUGGCAUCUGAACUUCCAUUGGCCAGAAAGUCCCUCGUUCCUGCAGGUCCCGUUCAAACUGUCAGUACUCUUCCAGGUGUGAUCACUCCUCCGAUUGGAACCAUAAUGAGGGAGGAGUCAAUGAACCCAUCUACUGGAUUCGCUUCCCUGGCUGAUCGGUUGAACGCCAUCGUUCGGAUCAUGUCAUCUCCACCGGCGCCGCAAGGAUGGCCGAUCGAAAACGCUCGAUCGCUUGGCCACUCAGAUGACCUGAUCGUUCUCGCUCUCUGGCGUCUGCAAUCAGAAUCAACCGGUACAGGCUUAGCAUGUCCACCAAUGAAGGCACUUCGUCUUGAUCCCCAGGGAACUACGGAUCUCCUACGCGCGAUCCUGCGUUUACAAGAGGGUUUCGAUACUCCAAUCGGGGAUCUUCCCGAAUUUUUUGACUUGGGUAGCCCAAGUGAGGAUAGUGCUUUGAGUGGGGCCAACAGCGAUGCAGAUAUUGCCGCUGAGGAUGCAGAGACAGCGGCUCUUUCUCGAUGCAGAUACCAGCGCAUCCGCAAUAACACCACCACCGCAUUCACGGACGAUAGUUCGACUUCCUCACCGGCUUCAGUCGAUUCCAAUGGGAUACCAGUCAAGCGGAUUCUUCUGCCACAAUUGUACCAGUUCACCAAAUGGUGGUCUAGUCGGUGGCCCCCCGUUAAGAUUGUGGGGUAAAAGUACAUACAAGCAUCACCAUUUCUCUCUCCCUACUUUUAUUGAAGUGUACUCCUUGUGCUUAUCUUCCCCAAUGUUUUGUUUCCCGGAAAUCCUUUCGCCUUAAAGCAGUUUUACUACCAGUUUCUUACAGCCUGGUGAACAAUUGUGUUAGUAGCUUCCCUCGAUCUUCAUCUUUGUUCUUUCUCAUGGACUUCGUGAAAAUAUCAUUCGAACUGUUGUUGCUCAGUAAUAUCACUCUAAUAUACGAUUAGACUUGGCUGUUUACUUGGAGUUUACAAUACAUUUGAUUUUUCUUGA